AUGAUGGACUCACGUACGACUAGCGAAAUCCUCAAAGGCGUGCAUAACUGUGCCGAUAUUGACUCAAUAAUUCUUCAUGCAUUCUCGAUUCAUCCUCCAAAACUACACCGCGGAAACCGCCGCCGACUCAUCGUAAGAACUUCAAGUAGAUUGCGUUUCAUCAAGAACAAUAUUCAUCGUCGAAGUGGAAUAUCUCCCCGAUUGAAGCAACUUCGUGUUUUUGCCGGGGGUUUCAAGAGACAUCAAAUAAGAGAGUACAUAUGUACUGCCAUACCUGGUCGGACUCAGGAUGAGUGCUCGCUGCCGCCUAUAUGCGGCAAAGAAUUCAAGGCGACCCCUUCCUACGACGGUGCACACAGUAAAGACAAGAGGAAUCAAAGCUCACCAGCGCCCCGGGAAUCUGGACAACAGCUCGCAGAGAGUCUCAGAAACACUGUGGAAUCGAGCAACAGGCCGGCGCCUGAAACUCUCAGGCCUUCAACAGUACAAUCAAUGACGAAUAGACGACUAGCCUUGAAUAAGCCAGCCCUACAGCAUCGCCUUACGUUGAGCGCGCUCUGCAAUCUCCAGCACCAUGCCUCUCCGGAUCUAUCUGUACCGUCGCUCUCCCCAGAUGCUGCAGAACCAAUCACGCCCAUCAAUCAGGUCAUACAUACACCUCUACAACCUCCAGAAAUACCUCGUGCAGCCCUGCAAAGACCCGCAUUAUCGACAGCCUCGUCCCCUUUGGUCUCAGCCCUCACACUUUCUCCUCGACCCAACCCCUCGAAGGAGCGAUCGGGAUCGCCUCUUUCUCCUCUGUGCGACCUUGCCAAUGCUCUGUCCCUGCUCGACUCUCCUUGCGCCACCAUAUCACGACGACUCUCAUACUUUAGUACUCGGCGACUUUCCCAGAAAAGCCCAAGUAGUUCUCGCAAGUUAUAUGGCGGUACUCUAGGUCUGGUGCUUGCCUCCCCUCUCAUCCUUCGAGUACCCCUCCACAGUCCUCUACUUACGCCCACCCCUUCUUUCCAUUAA